AUGUUUCUUGGAAGACAAGGGCUUUCCUUUAAGGGUCACUGUGAAGCACUGAAAAAUUUCUAUCUUAAUACAGGAAACUUUAUGGAAACGCAUAAAUUAUUGUCAGAGUAUGAUCAACCAAUCAAUGAGCAUCUUGAGAAAGUUCGUGAUCACCAAGUGAAGCAAUCGACAAAGGAUGAUGGUAAAACUGAUGGAAAAGGAAUCAAAGGACGUGGCUCAUGGCUAACGUUUUUGAGCAACGAUAUUCAAAAUAAGUUAAUCAAUAUCAUUGCUAAAGAAAUAUCUUCCUUAAUUGUACAAAAAAUACGCAAUUGCAAAGCAUGGGCAUUGAUUGCUGAUACAACGCCCUAUAUAACUCAUACAGAGCAAUUGAGUAUAUGCAUAAGGCUUGUUAAUGAAACUGGCGAGUCUUCUGAACACGUUUUGUCAUGUCAAAAAGCAAUUGGAGCAACUGCACAUGAACUAUACACUGCUAUUACAACAAUAUUACAAUUGCAUGGAGUUUCAUUUGAAAAGCUUGUUGCCCAACCGUAUAACGGAGCAUCCAGUAUGAGCGGAUGUUAUAAUGGUUUGUAG